AUGGCCCUAACCUUCCGUGAACAGCUAGCGGGGUUCCCCGUUCGCCAGAUGCUUGUGGUGUCGCUUAUUCGAUUUUCUGAGCCCUUGGCGUUCACUUCCUUAUUCCCCUAUCUCUACUUUAUGAUUCGAGAUUUCCAGAUUGCUCCUACCGAAAAGGAGAUUUCCAAGUACUCGGGCUACUUGGCGUCGAGUUUUGCAUUCUGCCAGUUUCUCUGUGCCGUGCAGUGGGGGAAGAUGUCAAAUAGGGUGGGAAGGAAACCUAUUUUGUUGUUUGGCUUAUUUGGUACAUCCAUGUCGUUAUUACUAUUUGGGUUUAGUACCAACUACUAUAUGGCGCUUGCGGCUCGAAGCUUGGCUGGGUGCUUGAACGGUAACAUUGCCGUGUUGAGAACGAUGAUAGGCGAGAUUUGCGUGGAAAGAAAGCACCAGGCUAUAGGCUUCAGUACGCUUCCUUUGUUGUUUAACUUUGGAUCGGUAAUUGGACCUUUGGUGGGUGGUUCGUAUCUCUUGACAAGACCUAGCCCACGGUCGCCUUAUGAAAAGAGUGUGGGUGAAUUGACUGUGCAAAGUGGGUUCGCCAAGUUCCGUGCUAAACAUCCGUACGCUUUGGCUAAUAUUGUUGUUUCGGGCUUUCUUUGGUUCAGUUUGAUUGUGGGGUUCUUGUUUCUUGAAGAAACUAACGAGGAUGUGUUUAAGAGGAGAGAUAUCGGCUUGGAGAUUGGCGAUUCGAUCUUGUACUACUUGUUUGGCCGUAAAAGACCUGUGAGGCCAUGGCACGGCGGCUACGAGGACCCAGAAACCGGCUCUGAGCAUUUCUCCCCUCAGAAUCUCCAGGAAGAAGGUAUUCAGCGUGAAAGAGGCGUGCAGCCAGAUACAGCUUCGAUAGAUCUGGGGGUGCUGCCAUUUUCGUCAGCCCAGCCAUCUGAAAACACGCCGUUGCUUCAAUCCGAAGACGAUUCGAGUCUUUCUGAUGAUAUCGAUAAUGCAGUGCAAGAAAUCGUCGAAGAAGGCGAACCCAUUGAGCCUUAUAUCUCCCGCAGAACGUCUCGGUCCAUGUCUAAUGCUGUCAUUCGUCGUUACUCGCUGGCGCUGGAGUAUAUUCCCAAACCUGAACCUCGAGCUCUUACUCCACAAGUCAUCACGGUUAUUCUUUCAAACUGCAUCAUUUCUUUGCAUAGCAUUGCCUACAACGAGUUCCUUCCGGUCUUCCUAGCUGGCCGUUUCCAAAGAGACAAACUCCAGUUUCCGUUCCGUAUAGAAGGCGGUUUUGGCCUCGACUCCAGCUACAUCGGUACGCUUUUCUCAUCCACUGGUAUCAUGGGUAUGCUCAUUGUCCUCAUUAUCUUCCCCUGGAUCGACCGUCGGCUAGGCACCAUGGAAGGGUUCCGCCUUUCCCUUCUUUUCUUCCCCAUCGUCUACGCAGCCGUUCCCAUGGCCAUAUUCACCCAGCACAGCUACAACCCAGCCUUCCCUGAAUGGUUAACCCCCAUCAUUCUCUACGGCCUUACAUCCCUCAAAACCCUAGCUUCAGCUACCGGCAUGCCCCAAGUGAUGCUUUUAAACCACAGAGCCGCCGCCAAGCAACACCGUGCUUACGUGAACUCACUAACUAUGAGUAUGUUAGCAUUGGCCAGAUGCAUUGGACCAAUCGUGUUUGGCUGGCUCAUGACUUUAGGUGAUAACUGGCAAAUCGGAUGGCUCAACUGGUGGCUCAUGGCGCUUUUGGCGCUUUUUGGACUUUUCCAGUCGCUUACAAUGCGUGACUACGAAGACUGA